UCCUCCCACCAUCCUGCUCAGUGUCCCGGAUGUAGCCGCCGCUGGAGGUGUUGCGCUGCACGCUUGACCCGGGAGGGUUUGUUGUCUGCGGCCUUCGCCGCUCGGUGAAUCCCGGGAGGUGAAGCGGAGAUUGCGGUGUCGGAGCCCGGGCCGGAGGCUCGACAGCGGAAAUUCUGAACUGAGGAGGGAAUCUGGUUUCUCGUGGCAAUAUGUCCAUCACCAACACCCCCACAAGCAAUGACGCCUGUCUGAGCAUCGUCCACAGCCUGAUGUGUCACCGCCAGGGGGGCGAGAGCGAGACUUUUGCAAAGCGAGCCAUUGAGAGUUUAGUAAAGAAGCUCAAGGAGAAGAAGGAUGAAUUGGAUUCACUGAUUACCGCGAUCACUACAAAUGGAGCCCAUCCCAGUAAAUGUGUCACUAUCCAAAGGACCUUAGACGGACGGCUUCAGGUCGCGGGUAGGAAAGGUUUUCCUCAUGUGAUCUAUGCCCGUCUCUGGAGGUGGCCAGAUCUUCACAAGAAUGAACUGAAACAUGUGAAAUACUGUCAGUAUGCAUUUGAUCUGAAGUGCGACAGUGUAUGUGUGAAUCCUUAUCACUACGAGCGCGUUGUGUCCCCAGGAAUAGACUUGUCCGGGCUGACCAUUCAAAGUACAGCUCCGUCUAGCUUACUUGUGAAGGACGAGUAUGGCCAUGACUAUGUGGACGCACAGCAGAGUAUCUCAUCCUCUGAUGGACAUUCAAUACAGACCAUCCAGCACCCGCCAAGUAACAGGUCAUCCAGCGAGAGCUACAGCAACUCGUCACUGCUGGCAUCUAGUGAGCCCAGCACGCCCAAUGCCUCCAGCUUCUCCAGCAUCCCUGUCCCUUCUACAAGUCAGCCCACCAGUUUAUUGGCAGCAUCGCACGGUGAAGGACUGCUGCAGAUCGCCUCCGUGCCUCCUCAGGGGACGCAGCAGAACGGCUUCAACGCUCAGCCAGCCACAUAUCAUCACAUAGACAGUACCACAACCUGGACUGGAAGUAGAACCGCACCUUACACACCCAAUAUGUCUCACCACCAGAAUGGACAUCUUCAGCAUCAUCCACCCAUGCCCCAUCCUGGACAUUACUGGCCUGUGCAUAAUGAGCUCUCGUUCCAGCCUCCGAUAUCCAAUCACCCAGCCCCCGAGUAUUGGUGCUCUAUUGCAUACUUUGAAAUGGAUGUUCAGGUGGGAGAGACCUUCAAAGUCCCAUCAAACUGCCCCAUUGUUACUGUCGAUGGCUAUGUAGACCCUUCUGGUGGAGAUCGGUUCUGCUUGGGACAGUUGUCCAAUGUUCACCGGACAGAAGCCAUCGAGAGAGCAAGGUUACACAUAGGGAAAGGUGUCCAACUGGAGUGUAAAGGAGAAGGUGAUGUCUGGGUGCGAUGUCUCAGUGACCAUGCAGUGUUUGUACAGAGCUACUACCUGGAUAGAGAGGCAGGACGAGCCCCCGGGGACGCAGUCCACAAGAUAUAUCCCAGCGCUUACAUUAAGGUGUUCGAUUUACGUCAGUGUCACAGACAGAUGCAGCAGCAGGCGGCCACGGCGCAAGCUGCAGCUGCAGCUCAAGCAGCAGCCGUAGCGGGGAAUAUACCCGGACCAGGAUCUGUGGGCGGGAUUGCACCAGCAAUUAGUCUUUCUGCCGCUGCAGGGAUCGGUGUAGAUGAUCUCCGGAGACUUUGUAUCCUGCGGAUGAGCUUUGUAAAGGGCUGGGGUCCUGAUUACCCAAGGCAGAGUAUAAAGGAGACCCCCUGCUGGAUAGAAAUUCACUUGCACCGCGCUCUGCAGCUCCUGGAUGAAGUCCUCCACACCAUGCCCAUUGCAGACCCGCAGCCACUGGACUGAUGAGCAGGACGCCAUCGAAUGUAUCGCUUACAUUGUGCCGAGGGCGGACUGAAAUCAGUCAUUUGUAAUCAUGAAAAUAUAUAUAAAUAGAUAUAUAUAUAAAUAUAUGCACAUAUCUUCUCCCACUUCAGGGUGGAAUUCAACAUUUUUUUUGCGCCCCAUUUUUUUCCAGCAUUUUUUUAAAGUUUUUUUUUUUUGCUGUGAAAUCUGCAUAGAAAUGACAUGAAUAGGAUGCAGGAAGGUGCAAUCAGUGCCUCGUGCGGAGGGGGGGGGGGGGGCGCAAUAACCUUCAAAGCGGGACUGGGAAAAUACUUUUUAACCCAUUUGGUGCUACAGAGAUGCGUAUUUCUGGAGCAAUGUUCCAAAAACUUGUGAAUUAGCAUCUUCGGUGACUGCACCAUAGUCCUUAGGAGGAGUUGUUGUUUUUUUUUUUACUCCACAUCACUUAAUGCUAACUUUUUGCUGCUCUAUAUGCGGUCCAAAAAAUUAAGGCAAAUCUUAGAAGUAAAAGAUCUGUCAACAGGUUUUUAUUUUUAUCCUUGAUUUUAAAUCCUUUUUACCUCCCCUAGGCUAUGAUGUAUAUUUAAUAAACUGAAGAGUCUAGGAAUUUAAAGAGACACUAAACCAUAAAGGCCCCUCUUAUACAAACGCAUCCAUGAGAUAGGGCAUAAUUUAUUGAUCAAUGGGGGUCACACCAACUCUAUGGGACUGCCUAGGACAAAACUUGGCAGUCCUAUACAGUUGAAUGGAGCUGGGAAGCACCUGGGUGACCGCCUAACCAGUCACCUCAUGCUUGUGAUUGGUAGGUAUCCCACCGAUUAGAUGGGUAUCCCCUAUUCUGUGGAUAGGGAAUAAGUUCUGAUGGUGGGACAAGCCCUUUAAGUCUUACAAUCUGUUCAAAGCUGUAGCUUCUGGACAUCACCAAGUACACUAGAUUCAUGCACUAAGCACCUGAAAAUAACGGUCUGCUAAAGUUCUCGGUCAGUCCUUAACUCGUGACCCUUAAUUUCUUCGGAAUUAUUUUUUUUUUUUUUUUUUUCAUAUUGGCCAUGCUGCAGUAGCUGAGAACUCCUAGCCAGUGUCGGUACAUAGUGGAGGAGUUAAGAUGAUAUCAUCUUUGAGGCAUGAGGUACUUUCUAAGUCAGUGCUGUACCUGGCUGCUUCUCCUUCGUAGAGGUGACUAGAAACCUCUCCCCACCCCCUUGCCACAUCAGUAAACUGUUAAACCCGUUUUACGGUGUAUAUAUAGGUGCAGAGUGUUGUUGCCUCAUACAAUUUUGCAUAUAUAUAUAUAGUUUUUACCAUUUUCUGGCCAAGCUGAGUGAUGAUUCAUUUGCCCAACAUAACAGCCAGUAAAUGGGUCAUCGCCCAGCUUUCCCAGACUCCUGAAAGGCAAAAUACUCCUUUUUCUGUAUUAUGGUAUAAUUGCUCUAUAGGUAGGCAGGAGUUUAGGAAAGAAGGAUGCCUCCACCACACCUGUGUGAGCUGUAACGAUGGAUGUGGUUGUCACCCAGCUUUCACAGAAAUGACUAUUUCAAAGGAGUUGUACCGGAUUAGAAAAAGAUGGCUGCUUUCUUCCAUACACCUGUCCAUGUUUGUCUGAUAACGCAGCUCAGCCCCAUUUGAAGUGAGUACAGCUGAGCUGCAGUGCCACGCACAAGCUUCGGACAAGUGUUGCGCUCUUUUUGGAAGAAAGCAACUAUAUUUUUAUUUAUUUUUUAAUCCCCUUUUUAAGAUAAUAAUAGGCUAGAAGGUCCCCUUAUAAUUUAGGGGAGGGGGCAUAGGGCUUCCUAAGGAGAUGCUUCAGAACUUCUCUUUUAAGAGUUUUGUUCUUUGUGUGACUACAGGACAUUACUAUCAUUGUAAAUUUCCCUAUUUUAAGAAAUCCUUAAUUUUCUUUUCUUCAAUUUUAUAAAAGCAGAUUUCUUGCAGACCCUUCUGUCCUAUUGUGUAUAUAUACUUUUUUGCCUCUACUAGUUUUUCACAUGGAAGGCCUCAUUCAUGCUGGAGACUACAUACGAUUCCCCCCACCCCACAAGCUCCAACCAUUUAGCAGCAGCCUUGUAUAUAUGAAAUGGUCCCGAUGGUAUGACGUGCUCAUCAGAGGAACAUGUAUGCUUUUUAUCUAGGUGUAGUGGCACCACAACGUACCGACAAGCAUUAUGUGGUUUUAAUUUUCUAUACAGCAGCAGUUUCAGUGUCUCCAUUUGUUGACUUGUAAAGUAGAAAGUGACUUGUGUUCUAACAAAUUACUAAUUCUCAAUAAACAUCGGUUUAUUACAA